AUGAAAGCUGUUUUUAUUCUUAGGAAAGAAGAGCUGAAACUUCAAAAGCAUAUGCAGACGGUUGUACUACAUACAACAGAGCCUUGCCUGGAUAUUACGCAGGGAUUCAAAUGUAAAGUCAAAAGGCAUGGCUUUAAUUGUGUUUGGCUUUUGAAUUUCAUUUAUUCAUUCUCUUUAUUCGUUUGUCAGAAGUAUUCUACAACAGCAAAUCAUUUUCUGAAAUUAAUGGGUUUCUCAUAUUUCAGUAAUGGAACGAAAAUUUUUUAUAAAGGAGUCCCUAAUAAAGUGAAGAAUAUCGUUCUGAGAUGUUGUUUAGGAUAUUAUCAAACGGAGGAUUCAACAUGUGAAAGGAGUGAUUUUGUAGUAGAACAAAAAUCGGGUAAAGGUUGGAUGUUUGGUAUUCUGGCAGUCACUUUGAGCGCAGUUGUGUUGCUUCUCUUUGGCACAUUCUUUUAUCGCAAGAAAUAUAUGAAAGAGAAGGAUCCGGAAUUGCCUACAUUAACGUAUCAUCCGCAUCUUAAAGAAUAUAUUCCACCGUCUGAAAUUGAAUCGCGUCAGUUCAACAAUCCAUUGUAUCGUCAAUCAACCACGGAACCACCACCAAAGCUAAGCGAUGAAGAGGAAGUGAUCGCACGCAAUAAGCUUUGCCAGCCUCCACCGUCUGCUUCAACAAAUGAAUAUGCAACGCUUGAUGAGGUAUCGUCGUCAGUAGCCGGUCCAUCGAGUAGGACACGUUUAUUGAAGAAUGAAAGUUUGUUGCAUGCUCAUAACCCAUUCCGCUUAACACUAUGUCAUUAG